UAAUGAAUUGGUGAUAAAAUGUAAUGGGUUUUAACAUGGGGAGUGUCAUUUUUGCAUCCUCUCACUGGAGUUUAUGUAGCUCUGCGUGUCAUCAUGACAAGUGUAUGGAUUGAGCGUUUACUUUGGAACGGAUUCAAGCGCUCCUGAGAAAGACCAAGAUGUCAAAGAUAUCCAAGGCAGCCAAGGCUGUAAAAAAAGUGGACGUGAAUAAUGUAAUCCGGGCCAUCGUGAGGUCAGGACAAGCAGCCCCAGGACCCCCGCUGGGUCCCAUCCUUGGCCAGAGAGGAAUCCCCAUCGGGCAGUUCUGCAAGGACUUCAACGAAAGAACCAAAGAAAUUAAGGAGGGCAUCCCACUCCCAGUCAAGAUCCAUGUGAAGCCCGACAGAACCUAUGACCUGCAGAUUGGACAGCCCACGGUGUCUUACUUCCUCAAGCAAGCAGCGGGCAUCGCCAAAGGUGCAGCCAAGACAGGUCACGAGACAGCGGGGAAGGUGUCGGUGCGGGCGGUGUAUGAGAUCGCUCAGGUCAAAGCUCAGGACGAGUGCUUCAAAAUUAGGAACACUUCCCUGCAAAACAUUGUGAAAAGCAUCAUUGGCUCUGCGCGCUCACUGGGCAUCCAGAUCGUCCCUGACCUCUCUGCCGACGAGUAUCGAGAGUUCUUGUUACGCCGAGAGGAGAAGCUGAAGGCCGACGCCGAAGCAGCCGCUGCCGCCGAAGCUGCGGCGACCAAGAAGAAAUAAAGACCUGCGACUCCUCACUGCUACUUUUGUCAAUGAUUUUAUAUUCACCCGAAUCAUGUUCAGUUCUGAUGUGUGUAUGGGAUAUAAAUAAACAUCUGUUCAUUAAAAACAGCUGUCUUUUAUUCAUUUGUAGCCGG